GAGAGGCUGCAGCCACUUUCACUUUCAUUUCCUCUAAAAGGGGCACCGCCUGUGUUUUUCCCGUCCUACAGCUGCUGUCACGUCUACGUGCUGAAAUUAUUAUGGAGAAAACUGGAGAAAAAAACAGCUUCUUUGGCAUUUUCGGAGCCCAGCCUCCCACAACUGCAACUACUUCAGCCCAACCCACUAUCAGCACAGCAGUGGACACCAAAGAUUCUUUCAGCAUAUUUACAACUUCACUCAGCUCAACGGACCAAAAAAACCCACUUGCUCUUAAGCUCCCAACAGUAAAACAUCAGACCAAACAAAAACGGAGAGAUGUGGAUUCGACAGAAACCCCCAGCGGCUUUAGAUUUGAAACUGCAGCCCAACCUGAUACUGCCACAGCACUGGGCGCCAGUGAUGCUCUCGGCAAAGUCAGUUCAACAGAGCAAAGGGCGGCACAACCUUUUACGUUCACAGCAGUUCAACGCAUGUUGGACUCUCAGUGGAGAAAUGUGGAGUGGACAGACGAGCAAAAGACGAGCCUGAUGAAGUCUGUCGGCUCCUACAGACCGAGCUGUGAGGUUGUGAAUCAGGCCAGGGUUCUCCUCCUGGGCCCGGUCAGCUCUGGAAAGUCCAGCUUCAUCAGUUCAGUCCAGUCAGUGUUUAAUGGAAAUGUCACCAACCGGGCCAUGGUGGGCUCCUCCACAACCAGCUUCACCAAGAAGCUGCAGUCCUUCAACAUCCGUGGUCAGAAGGGAGAAGAUCCUACCAGACUGACGCUGUGCGAUGUAAUGGGCCUGGGGGAUGCAGAGAUGACCGGACUGACCCUCCAUGACAUCCUGUCCGUCAUUAAAGGCCAUGUACCUGAGGGACACAAGUUCAGCCCAGAUCAACCUGUGAGAUCAGAGACUGUGGGCUAUGUGAAGAAGCCAACCCUUAAAGACAGGAUCCAUUGUGUGGCCUUUGUGGUGGACGCCUCUAAAAUCCUGACCUACUCCAAAGGCCUCAGGACCACCUUCCAACAGCUCCGUGAGCACAUCAGUGAUCUGGGUGUUCACCAGGUGGCUCUGCUGACCCACGUGGACCAGAUUUGUCCAGAAACAGCCAAAGAUGUCACUCAGGUUUACAACAGCUGGAUAAUUCAGGAGACGAUGGAUAGAGCUGGAGCUCUGUUGGGUAUGUCCACCUCCUACAUCGUCCCUGUGAAGAACUACUCCUCAGAGCUGGACCUGGACGUGAACACCGAUGUGCUACUUCUUAGUGCUGUCGACCACAUCCUGCAGUAUGCCGAUCUGUAUUACCAGGACAAUACACCACAAUGUACAGGGACAAUGACAUACAAAGACAUUGACAUCUGAGCUUAUUAUACCUUUCAAUUAAUAUUAAGAAAUUGGUCAUUGGUCAACAUAUUUCAUAUUUAACAUAUCAUUCAAAUGUGAACACCACAUGUUUCUUGUUUAUAUUGUAGAUUUGUUGACUUUAAUGGACAAAUGUUUCUAUCCAUCCCUGUUUUAUAUAUAUAUAUAUCGACAUUAUGAGAUGCUAAUUUCUAUUUCUCAUGUUUUUUUGUUGUUUUUACAAAAUUGUAACAGACAAAAUUGUAUAAUUCAGAAUGAAAUCAGGCGUGUGUAAUAUUAUUAUAUUAUUGAUGAAUAUUAUAUUGUAUGAAGGGCACUGGGCUUCAUGCAUCAACCAUUCAUAUGUAUCAUAUGUAUCAGUGAAUUAAGAAAACUGCAGUUACCAAUUUUAUUAGUGCCACGGGUGCUCAGCUCCGAGGCAUCUAUUAAUAUUCUGUUUCGGGUUUAUUAUUCUUCCGCCAAAUUUCGGCGCGUAACUUGUCCCGCAGCUUUGAGAAAACCCCGGUAAUAUAUACAUCAAAACGUGCGUCUUGAUCCCAAAAGGGGUGCUAUGACUUUUGGUGUUAAAAUUCCAAUUUUUCCCAAAGUUAUUCCCAAAAAACUGGGAAUAAAUAAUGCAUUAGAAAUGCAUUGGAAUUUUCUUUAGAAAUCCACCUUUUUUCGACAAAAUUGCACCUUUUUUCUGAGUCACCCAGCUCUCUCAUACCUGCACGUAGAAAUGUGAUUCAAACUAUAAAACGGAGGAAAACUUAUGCUCUCUCAAAAAGACGGGAACUGUUUUUACAUAACAUGUAAACUUUUCAAACUGUGAGCACUCAAAGGAGGAGUGCAAAUCACUUUUUCUUCAAAGUUAGAGUGAAAGCGUCAGUUGGCUAGAGUGCGUGAAGCAGUAAAAAAUAACCUUUAUUUUUAUUUUUAACUCGAGCUCGCGGCCAAACCGUAAAAAGGAGACAAAUAAUUAUUUCUGAAAAUGUAGACAUAGUUGUUGGGAUUCAUAAAAUGUAACUUUGACAGGCAGGGUCUGCACAAAAUUUAAACGGGGGUGCCGAGUCCGGCAGCAAUACCUGUCUCACUCUCAUUGACACCUAAUGUAAUCGUCUUUUUUUUUCAAAAGAAUCUCACUCUGUCUUCGCACUGAGCUUACGCACUCAUUUUAAGGAAUAUCUGAAUAAAAUAGAGACUUUAGAAACUUC